AUGGGUAGAAUAUUACAACAGUAUGUGGCUAUGAAAAGGGAUACUGAUACUGUAGUUGCUGGUUUAAUCGAGUCCGAUAUAAAUGAGCUCAAGCAUGCGGCCACGAAGCUCCUCCACGAUGCAACCGUGUUAGGAGGCAAAGGCUUUGGCAUUUCUUUCUUUAAGUGGCUCUCUUCAUUUGCUGCCAUUUAUUUACUGAUACUGGAUAGCACAAACUGGAGGACGAAUAUGCUGACAUCGUUAUUAGUACCUUACAUAUUCUUCAGUUUUCCCGACUCGAUGUUCCACUUUUUAAGAGGAGAAGUUGGAAAAUGGAUUGCAUUCGUGACAGUGGUGCUGAGGCUCUUCUUCCCAAGGCAUUUUCCCGAUUGGCUGGAAAUACCUGGCUCAAUGAUUCUUAUUUUGAUAGUGGCCCCCGACAUGUUUUCUGAAAAAUUUAGGAAUAACUGGAUCGGAUUAGCAAUUGAUCUUUUCAUUGGUUGUUACCUUCUACAAGAACAUAUCAGGGCUUCUGGUGGAUUCAGAAAUUCUUUCACACAGAGACAUGGCAUAUCAAAUACCCUUGGCAUCCUCCUCCUCAUAGUCUAUCCUAUUUGCGCAUUCAUUAUUCAUUAA